AUGUUAAUUACUAAUAAUAACAACAACAACAACAAUCAAAAUAAUGUUAAUCAACAACCAAAUAUACAAGUAGAUUUAAAUCAUAUUUUAGAAUCUGUUCAAUCAUUAUCAAAUACUACUACAACUACAACAACUACAACAACUACAACUACUACAACUACAACAAAUACAUUACAACAACAAAAUAAUAAUAAUAAUAAUAAUAAUAAUAAUAAUAAUAAUAAUAAUAAUAAUAAUAAUAAUAAUAAUGAUAUAAUAGAAUUUAUAAAUAGAUUAGAAUUAAUUUAUAAUCAAUUAAGAAAUAUUGCAAGAAGAGUAUAUAGAAGUAAAGUAUCAGAUUUGGAUCAAGAGGGUUUGGAUCAAGAGGUUUUGGUUACGAUUGUUUGUACAUUGUGUAAAGAAUUGGCAAAGUAUAAACCAACGUCGGUCAACUACCACAGAGACAAUGUAGAGACACUCUUGUUACUAUCACAUUUGGUUGUUAUUGGUUUGGAGAUGUACCGGUAUUUGGCAAAUCGUAACAUGAAAAGCAAGAGGCCUCCUGUAUUGUCCAAUACAUGGGACUUUACAAAACGCGAUAUGAUCAAACGCAUCAAACUCAUCGAAAAGGCUACAUUGUCCAACAACACAGACACCGUGUUGCAUCUGGGAGUCGGUCUCAACCUGCGACUGGCAAUCGACUAUUUGGAGAAUUGGGAUAGUUUUGUAGCGUAUGACUUUGAAAAUCUCGAGAGCGAUAUUCGCGGCUAUACUCGACCCGACCUGGUUGACCAAGACGAUAUUACCGACACUACCAGUCAUUGGUACAUAUACGUGUGUGCAAUCAACAAGCUUGUGCUCUUGUCGGAAAAGACACUCGACUAUAAUGUGAUCAUGCCGUCUUCAGACGCCGAGAUUAGCGAGCAUGGUGGUUCGGGAGAACGACCCGUCAGCCCAAUCAACACUAUCAAGAAACAAGAAUCGUUGGUCGGAUUGUGUAUAGAACACGGUCGCGAUCUUGCAUUGGCAUUGGCACAGGCGAUUGUUGGGUUGAUCCGCGAGGGGUCGUCGCAGAAUGGAUUUCUCUUUGAGCUAACCAGCCAACAAUACUCGGAGGAAUUUGAUAGUCGUCUCGAUAAACUUCACGAAAUCCUUGAAGAUUUGGCUACCAUCAAAAAUCAAAACAUGUAUCGUUCAAGUGGAGAUGACGAUGAUGAUUAUGGUGAUGAUGAUGAUGAUGAAGAGGAUGAUGAAGACAAUAAAGAUGACGACCAAGAAGAUUAUGAACAUACUACACCAAGUUUGGAUGAUUUACAAAUGGAAGAAUCUAAAAAGCAUAUGGAUCUUAUGCAGUUGGCGGAAUUGUUAAAAGUCGAAGUAGAAGAAUUACGUCCUCUCCAAUCGGUUGCAAAGGAACUCUACCCAAAGGUUAAAAAUAUAGUCAAAAGUUUGGAAAUACUCUACAAAGCAUUUUCAAACACUGAAACAAUCAUUUUCCCAUCAAAUCCAAUUUUAACAAUGUCUGCUACUGAAUCAAAAUAG